ACCGAGUUAGUAUUUAUUUUCGUUUCGACCUGAACACUUUGAUUUUUUUCGCGCAUUGGAGACAGACUGUUUGCAUGUUAUUUUGCUGCCGCUGGGACUUUUGUGGUUCUUGUUUGUUAUAUAGUUGAGUGUGUUGGUGGGAAAGGAGGAUUAUGACCAGAAAUAAGAUAAAGAAGGAGCGCUGACUGAAAAAAGGAACAUAUUAGGGCGAAGGGAAAAAGGGAUCGGCCACUUUUGGGUCCCUGAUGCAUUUUUUAGGCAUUCUUCAAUGGUGCAUCGGUUGCAGUGUUUUAGAAAGCAACCAGUAAAAAUUGAGGAGAAAACUCUUACUGCACUGGGUGUAUUAUCGGAUGUACUGAGAGCUGGUUGUUUUGUGUAUUCUUUCCUGAAAUGUGUACUCAAAGUAUUUAUUUUAGUUGAAACUAAAUGUUAAGUGUAUAUUUUUAUCGACUAAAGACGAGUGUUUCGUGUCGUGUGGGACUAUCAAAUCGUAGUAGCUUCUACCGGGACAGUGAACUUCUCAACUAUGGUGAGGUACAGCGGGCAGUAGUAACAAGGGGAUAUUCGCCAACAAAGAUCGUCUGCCUUGACCGUACAACAAAGAAACAAGCUUAAGGGUGAAAGUGCCUGUAGACUGCGCUGGAUAAAAUCUUCGGAGAUAAGGUGUUAGACUUAUCAGAGCUUGAACGGGCGGAUAAGAAUUCCAAUGACCUUGAUGGAAGCUAAAAGAACCGCUAUGGCACUUUUAUCCAAUGGUGCUUCGUCAAUGCAGAUAACACCACAGUCUGGAAACUCCAACCAGCCGAACAAAGAUGGCAACGUUGACUUCAACUCAAACGAUCACAUCUUCUUCUCAAAUCUAUUUAAUGCUUUGCCCCGAUGGGAUUCUCCGGGGAAGGCUAGCUCCGGACCGGUAACUGUACCGCAGAGGUUAGUGCGCUACUUUGUUAAAAGAACCUCAUCAAUUAAAAUUCCACCUUUUUUCAGCGCCAGUAGCAGUGCUACCAGUUUCAGUAAUCCUGCCUCUCUGGAAAGAGACAGUUUGAGCCUUACCGAUGACGUAUUAUUUUCCAACGUACUAGGCGCAAUAGGUACCUCCAGUGGAAGCGCCCCAACCAAUGAUAUUUUGGGUGCAAUAGGAACUCAUAUGACACCGAGUACUUCGCCGCAAACGAAUUCGUCCAACGGAAGCUCACACUGCGCGUCUUCGUUAGGAGCUGUUUGCGGUCGUUGCGAUACUCAUGCGAUCAGCCGUUGUCUCGACUGCAAUGAUGUUCUGUGUGAGGAUUGUACCCAUGGGCACAAUAAGAACACCUUCGCCAAGGAUCACUGUGUCAUUUCAAUACACACGAUCUCGCCGCUGGGAUCGGCUGCGGGUGCACAAAGUGUCCCAGUGGCACAUCAGCCUCAUUGUGAUGUUCACGGUGAAGUGCUGCGUUAUUUGUGUGAAUCAUGCAAGAAAAUUGUCUGCCAGGAAUGUACCCUGUGGGAUCACAAGGAUCAUUCAUGUAUCCCGGUGGUAAACGUAUCGCAAGGUGCUUCGGAUAAAAUCAUGUCAAUAAUCGAGAGCGGAAAGCUAGGAACCAAGUACAUUAAAGCUAGCAUUGACCGCGCUGUGACUUAUUCACAGGCAGUGGAAAGAGAUGCCAUGGAAGCAUCGGCAAGGAUUCGAAAGGCAAUGCGACAUUUCAUAUUGGCUGCAGAAGACCGUGAACGUACUCUGCUGGAACGUGUUGACAAGUUUCGGCAACAAAAAUUGACAUCUCUUUCAGACCAAAUGGCAGGUUUAAGGGCAGCUUUGGCUGGUCUUUCUCAAACAUCAGACAUGCUUACAAAAGCUUUGGAUUCGGUAGCUUCCAUGAAUAAUAUGGACAUAGCAAAAACCCUAACGGCUGGUGAAAACCAGAUGGAACAGUUUGCUGCCAUGUACAAGAAUCUACAACCCAAAGAAGAAUUCAUAACAUUUGUAGCGCCAAAUUUUGAACUGCUUCAAGAUAUCCGUAUGCAAGGUGACGUGCUUCUUGUUGGUCAACGAAGCAAUUCAUUUUCGAAUGGUUCUAACGUAUGUAUUCAGCCACCAAGUGGAAACAUACUAACUCGCCGUCCUAUAGUUCGUAGUUCUACCCCAGCCCAACGACUGAGUGUGAGUUCAUCGUCCUCCUGGGACCAGAUCCCAUCAUCUAAGACUGUACUCGGGACAUCUCCGACAUCAAUCGGGAUUGGUCCGAUUCCAGGAAUGCCUGUAUUAGGGCAAUGUAUUCCUGGAUGCGCCUCACACGUUUCGGCGAAACCAGCUGUUGGACCAAGUACUACUUUCGGAUUUGAUGGCCAUGAAGAUGGUCAAGUUUCACGUCCUUGGGGAAUUGCUGUUGACAAAGAUGGGCAUGUUCUGGUGGCAGAUCGUCGCAAUAAUAGGGUUCAAGUGUUUUACCCUGACGGUACAUUCAAGCUAAAAUUCGGCUCUAAAGGAACAGCAAAUGGGCAAUUUGAUCUUCCUGCCGGAAUCUGUACUGAUGGUCAGAAUCGGAUCAUAGUAGUUGACAAGGACAACCAUCGUGUGCAGGUGUUCUCAGCAAAUGGAUUGUUCCUGUUGAAAUUCGGAAGCUACGGAAAGGAUUGUGGUCAGUUCCAGUACCCUUGGGAUGUGGCAGUCAAUGUCAAAGGAGAAAUAUUGGUGACGGAUUCGCGUAACCAUCGAAUCCAGCUGUUCAACUCGGAGGGACAGUUUAUUUCCCGUUUCAGCUUUGAUGGAGUCAACCACAGCCGUUACUUAAAGGGGUUGACUACGCCUCGUGGAGCUUGCUUCACACCUCAAGGUGAUGUUAUCAUAUCGGACUUUGAAAAUCACCGCUUGCUGCUGAUAGAUGCAACGUUAACUAAGGUUCUUGCUGCAAAGGGCCACGAAGGAACUGCCGUACAUGAAUUCAGUCGCCCGUCUGGAAUAUCUUGCGAUGAUGAUGGACGGGUUAUUGUGGCUGAUUCCAAGAAUCAAAGAGUACUAAUCUUUUCGCCCCAGCUAGAGUUUCUCUGGGCGGUUGAAAUACGCCCGUCGUCCAACAAUCUUCUGACGGUUGGUAUGGACGAGAAGGAUCGCCCCAGUGAUGUGGCACUGCUGCCCGAUGGACGUCUCGUGGUGAUGGUUGAAACCUCUCCGGAUGCUCGCGAUCAGUGCAGUCCCCAGAAGACUUUCAUCCAAAUUUACUAGAGAAAGUUUUUUGUUUCUUUUUGUUUUACUUUUAUAUGAUUUGCUACUGUUCGUUUUUGAACGACAUUGUUUUGAUAGUAAUCUGUUUUUCAUCUACUAGACAAAUUAUACACGGAAGAUUAACGUUGCUACCUCGUGCAGAAAGCGUAACUUAUUUGCGUUAAAUAUUUUACAUGUGUAGUGGUGAUACGAUUGAGCAAGCAUCCACUUUUUAUAUAAAUUUUUAUCACUAGACAAUGAAGCAAUUUACGUAGGUAAUCUCAAUAGUACAAGGACACGAACAUGGUUGAGUAAAUCGUAGUACAAGUUAGUGUGUAACGCGUUAUGAAGGAUAUAAGGAGGCUGGGUAAGCUACAUUAGCCGUCCUAUCGGAUCAUACUGGCAGCCCCCGGAAGAAAGAAGAAGGAACGCAGAUACGAGGGAGAAUAAAUGCAGAAUGCUCUAGGAUGUAUUCAGCGUAAAGCUUAGCACAAAAGACUGAAAAGGAGAACUAGCCAAUUCAUGUCAGACACUUUCUUUUUAAAUGCAAUGGUAUUGUGUAGGAGAAUCUAUUUUUUUUUGUUUUCACUCAGUUUAUUUGUCAUAUUGUUUCUGUUCUAAAUUCUCUUUAUUUUGGAUGUAGUAACCUGACGACCGCUUAGACCAAUGGCGGUAAAAGCUACUGAUAGGUUUAAAA